AGAUAGCCCACGUUUUAAUUGAAGGGAGCUGCUUCAACUUGGCUGUAGCAGGAGCAGUGAGCAAACCACAUGGAAGACUCCCAGGAUUUAAAUGAGCAAUCAGUAAAGAAAACGUGCUCAGAAUCCGAUGCUUCAGAACCUCAGAAUUCCAGGUCUAUGGAAAUGCAGGACCUAGCAAGUCCUCACAGUCUUGUUGGCAGUAGUGAUACUCCUGGUGGCUCCAAACUGGAUAAAUCCAGUCUCAGCAGCACGUCAGUCACUACAAAUGGGACAGGAGUGUCGCUUCUUGCAGUCAAAACAGAGCCCUUGAACAGCAAUGAAACCUCAACCACGACUGGAGAUGGAGCGCUUGACACUUUUACUGGGUCAGUAAUAACAAGUAGUGGUUACAGCCCAAGGUCGGCGCACCAGUAUUCCCCACAGCUGUACCCUUCCAAGCCCUAUCCACACAUUCUUUCUACACCAGCAGCUCAAACAAUGUCUGCCUAUGCGGGCCAGACUCAGUAUUCGGGGAUGCAGCAGCCAGCGGUCUACACAGCCUACUCACAGACAGGACAGCCCUACAGCCUGCCCACUUACGAUUUGGGGGUGAUGUUGCCCGCCAUCAAGACAGAAAGUGGACUUGCUCAAACUCAGUCCCCAUUACAGAGUGGCUGCCUCAGUUACAGUCCGGGCUUUUCCACCCCCCAGCCAGGACAGGCACCUUAUUCUUACCAAAUGCCAGGUUCUAGUUUUGCACCAUCAUCUACCAUUUAUGCAAAUAAUUCGGUUUCCAACUCAACAAAUUUCAGUGGUUCACAACAGGAGUAUCCAUCCUAUACAGCCUUUGGCCAAAACCAAUAUGCACAGUAUUAUUCAGCAUCAACGUAUGGAGCAUAUAUGACAUCAAAUAACACAGCUGACGGCACAUCUUCAUCAACCUCAACCUAUCAGCUGCAGGAAUCUCUCCCAGGACUGACUAGCCAACCAGGAGAGUUUGAUACAGUGCAGAGCCCUUCCACACCUAUCAAGGAUCUUGAUGACAGAACAUGUAGAAGUUCUGGCUCAAAGUCUCGAGGAAGAGGCCGAAAAAAUAAUCCUUCCCCACCUCCUGACAGUGACUUGGAGCGUGUGUUUGUUUGGGACUUGGAUGAAACCAUCAUUGUUUUCCACUCACUGCUCACAGGGUCUUAUGCACAGAAAUAUGGGAAGGAUCCCCCAAUGGCUGUAACCCUUGGUCUCCGAAUGGAAGAAAUGAUCUUUAAUCUUGCUGAUACCCAUCUGUUUUUUAACGAUUUAGAGGAGUGCGAUCAAGUUCACAUAGAUGAUGUUUCCUCCGAUGAUAAUGGGCAGGACUUAAGUACCUACAGUUUUGCAACUGAUGGCUUCCAUGCAGCUGCAAGUAGUGCAAACCUUUGUUUGCCAACAGGUGUAAGAGGAGGAGUGGACUGGAUGAGGAAGUUGGCUUUUCGUUACAGAAGAGUAAAAGAAUUAUAUAACACCUACAAGAACAAUGUUGGAGGACUCCUUGGCCCUGCAAAGAGGGACGCAUGGCUGCAGUUAAGGGCAGAGAUUGAAGGUCUGACAGAUUCCUGGCUGACAAAUGCACUUAAGUCUUUAUCAAUUAUCAGUACUAGGAGUAACUGCGUCAAUGUCUUGGUAACAACAACCCAGCUGAUCCCAGCACUAGCGAAGGUUCUUCUGUACAGCUUAGGAGGUGCUUUCCCCAUUGAAAAUAUUUACAGUGCAACUAAAAUAGGCAAGGAAAGCUGUUUUGAGCGUAUAGUGUCCAGAUUUGGCACUAACAUAACUUAUGUUGUGAUUGGAGAUGGCCGUGAUGAGGAGCAUGCUGCUAACCAGCACAACAUGCCCUUUUGGAGGAUAUCAAGUCACUCGGACCUUUUGGCUCUUCAUCAAGCACUGGAAUUAGAGUAUUUGUAACUGUGUUCUCUAGCUGGGGAUCCAUUUUAUAUACAUAUAAAUAUAUAUAUAUAUAUAUUUCAAGUACACUGAAUUUUUAUGUGUGAUUCAAUGCCUCUGGCUCUACACAUAUAAAUUGUCUUAAAGUAUGAAAUAUUUGGAAUGAAAAUUCCAAAAUGAAGAAUUCAGAUUGCUGAAUGAAAUUCAACUUUAGUGCUACAGAAACAAAACUCAAUGGUCUUAUAUUUACAACACUUUAAUGGUUUAUUAACAACAAUGACAAAGAUGAUGACGACAACAACAACAACAACAAAUCUGUGGAAGUUUCUGCACAACAAAUGAGUCCUAACUGGAAUUAGCAUUAGCAAAGAUCUCACCCUCUCAAGCCACAGCCUCUGUGCUCCAUCUGACAAGGUGGUCAACAACAUUCCUCAACAUGAGAACUCGUCUCAGCCCUGAGGUUUGAACCUGACUUUACCCUACCUAGCCCAGAAAAUCUGAAUUGGAAUGCACUCCGACUGUAUAAAGACAGUCCUAUCUAGACCUGUAAUUUGUGUACAUUAUGGAUGGAAAUAAUUUACUGUGACUUAGUAGCAGCUGACUUUGAAAGUGGGUGAAAUUUUUCUUUCAUUUGUUGGGGAGGGGACAAGGGGGGUCAUGGGAAUAUAAUAUUGUCUCUUUUUUAAGUUUGGCAAAACAGAAUGUUCAUAAUGAUGUGUUGUGCCUUAAAGACAAGACAGAGUUUGUGUGUUCUGAUGUAACUUUGGUUAAAAAAAAAAAAAAAAAACCUCUGUAGAUAAUGAAAAACAAUAACAAAAGCAAAACCAAAAAAAAAAAGUCUGUGAUAAUUCUUAACAUGACCAAAUUUAAAAUUUAAGCUAUCAGAUAUCAAGAAGAAACUGAGUAUUUGGACAUAAGAAUAAAUGAAAGCUUGUGUUUUUUUUGGGUUCUU